AUGGCUUGGAGUCCUGCCCAACGUCAACGAAUCUUGGUUGAACGUGAUAUUCUGAGCGUUUACUUCCCUGAUAGAGUGACAUGGCUUCAUGGACAAACGAAAGUUGAAAUCAGAAUGACAACAAACAAUGAUAACGAAUAUUGUCUUCGAGUUUACUUGCCAGAGGAUUUCCCAAACAGCGUUCCCGAUAUGGUAGUAAAGCAAUCCCCACAGCCAAUGCCAAACUGGGAAAAUAAUGGUCAAACACACACAUUAACACGUCGUGAUGGUUUCCUAAGGAUUUGUCAUUAUCGUGCAUCUCGUUGGAGCAGUGAUAAUACAUUAUAUCAAGUUUUUAUGAAAGGACGGUUGUGGUUGGAAGCUUAUGAGGCACAUCUUAGGACAUCCCAACCUCUAGAUGACUUUCUAGGAGAUAUGCAGAUUAAUCAGUAG